GCACCACCUAAAAACAAAACCAAAUCAAAAUAUUGUGCAUAUUAUAUAAUAUAUAAGUCAGAGAGUUCUUCCAUUUGUGUAUAUAUCUGUUUGUGCAUUUCCAGUGCUCAAACUGAAGGAAGGGAAAUGGUGAGGUGUGAAGAGAAAUAUGGAGAGGAGCUUUCACUUGUUAUGUCAGACCCUAUAGUAUUGGAGAUUAAUCGUUUGCAUAAUCAAAUCAAAGAAAAAGUUAAGGAGCUAGCAAUUUGUCAGGGUGAAGUCAAAGCAUUAAGGUCAACUGAAGCUCUGAAGGAUAAAGCCAUAGAAGAGUUGAGAAAUGAAGUUAGUAAAUUGGAUGAGAGACUUAGAGCUGCAGAGGAUCAUUUAAAGCAAAAGAAUCUAGAAAUCAAGAAACUGACAGAUGAAAAGAAAGAGGCAUUGGCUGCACAAUAUGCAGCAGAAGCAACACUUAGAAGGGUGCAUGCAAAUCAAAAGGAUGAAGAUUCUGUUCCAAUUGAUAAUGUCAUUGCCCCUCUUGAAGCUGAGAUUAAAAUGUAUAGGAAUAAGAUUACAACACUUCAUGAAGAUAAGAAAGCUUUGGAACGACUCAAAAAGUCAAAAGAGACAGCAUUGUUAGAAGGAGAAAAGAUUUUGCAAAGUGCACUAGAGAGGGCUCUAAGAGUUGAAGAAGUUCAAAAUCAAAACUUUGAUUUAAAGAGACAGAUUGAUAUCUACCAGGAGGAGAACAAAAUUUUAGAGAAAUCCGGCCGCCAAAAGAUUCUUGAAGUUGAAAAGCUUGGCCAAACCAUUCAUGAACUUGAGGAAGUCAUCUUAGCUAAUGGUGCUGCGGCCAACGUUGUUCGCGAUUACCAGAGACAGAUUUCUGAAUUGCAAGAGCAGAAAAGGACAUUGGAGAGGGAGCUAGCAAGAGUAAGAGUUUCAGCCAAUAGAAUUGCAAAUGUUGUGGCAGCUAAUGAGUGGAAGGGUGAAAGUGAUAAGGUCAUGCCUGUCAAGCAAUGGCUGGAAGAGAGAAGGAUUAUGCAGGCAGAGAUGCAACGGUUGAAAGACAAGCUAACUGUAUCAGAGAGAACAGCUAAGGCAGAGUCACAACUGAAGGAAAAACUAAAAGUGAGGCUAAAAACACUGGAAGCAGGUUUAAAACAUUUUUCAAGUUACUCAGCCACUUCAAAUGUGUUUUCUUGGUCUCCAAAAGAAGAAAAGUCUAACAUUAGAGGUUUUCUAACAAGUGGUGGAUCAAGAAAGAGAUCCACAUCACAACCAAGAGCAUCUUCUGUUGGAAGCCCUUUGUUCCAACAGACAAAUAUUAAAAAAAACAACACAGAUAUUGUCGGUGAGAAUUCGAAACAGGGAAGCCCUACUAAAAAGAAUUAUACUUCUGCAGAAAACAUGUUGAAGAAAGGGAUGUGGGUCUCAAGAAGAAAAGUUGCUGAUAGUGGUGAAAAGGAAAAUGAGAUGCAGGUGAACACUGACAUGCACUUAAACAACUUCAAUGAUGGAAGAGAAGCAGCAGAAAUCAAAAUCAUUGUUGAUGUGGAUGAAGACUUGCAAAGCAAGAAACCAAAUGAUUCAGGCAGUGACGAUGUGGUGUCGAGUUUUCUAUACGAUAGGCUGCAAAAAGAGGUCAUCAAUUUGAGGAUCUCUUGUGAAAACAAAGACAGUAGCUUGCAUGCUAAAGAUGAAGAAAUUAAGUUGCUCAUGAAGAAAGUUGAUGCACUUACCAAGUCCAUGGAAGUAGAGUGGAAGAAAACAAAAAGAGAAGCAGCUGCGAGAGAAAAAGAGGUUUCAUCAAUAAAGCCAGAUGAUAGCAAGAAAAUCAGAAACACAAACUCCUCCAAAAGGUUGAUGAAAGAACGUUGAUGCAUCUUUAUUCGGAUAUAGCUAAAGGCAUUUUGUUUAUCAACUACAUAUUGUGAUGGUUCAUUGUAAAUACAAAAAAAAAAAAAAAAAAUUGUUGAGGUUAGUAUCUUGAAAUAAAUUACCACUAUUGAAUAAAGGAUAAUUUCUGUAAAUAA